CUGGUGUCAGGGGCCCGUUACCCGCACUGCUUCCGACUUUCUAUGAUAGUCAGAGUCAUAUUAUUUCAUUUUCUUGACACAGAGCUAUGUUAUAGGCGACGGCACAGUCGAAAUUCGAGGCUAGAAUGACGACGUACUUUCCCCUGAGAGUGCCUUUGCACAGGUUAAGCGUGCCUAGUUUAAUGUUUUACUAGGAUGGGCCUCCUAGGCUGCCUGGGCUGCCUGCGGGGCGCCGGGAAAGGCACUGCCGAGUCUCCUGUCCGAGAAGCUUGGCGCCCCGCCAACCCGCCAGAAACUGCAUCUAAAUCGACAUCAGAUCUAGAAUGCAUUAAGCAGGCGCUGGAGAAGCCGGAGCCGAAGGUCCCUGCCCAGAAUUUGGUCGAGCAGAUUCCAGCGUAUGACACCCGGGCGCUUCGCGGGGACCUAGCUUUGCUAACUUCGCCAGGCUGGGCAGAGCGGCUGGGGCGAGGUGCACUGCGGCUACGGGCGCACGCCGCCGCGGCGCUCGUCAGCGUCUUCGGUCUUACCCGAGGCUCGGAUGGGCAGUUUCUGCUGGUUAGCCUUGCCAGCGCGGGUGCCGCCGCUCAAGCCCUGCCUAUCGGCGAGCUUCUUCCUUUCUGCCAGACGUUGAACCCCGCGGACGCGACUGGUAGCAAGCCUAUUGCGCUGCCCCCCUGGGAGGUGGCGCCUGUGCUUAGCGCUGCCAAGGUGCAGAACGAUGGCCUCUCCGACCGUAUUGCGGCGAGUGAGGCAUGGCAGCGUGUGCUUCAGGCCUUACAGUCGUUUUGUCCGCCAGGGAGCCUCACGAAGACUGCGGCCACGGCUGCCUGCCUGGACGCGCCGGCGGCGGACACGCGGUGGCAUGCGGUGCUGGUGCCUAUGCAGCUGGGCUAUCGUGUGGUUGGGGCGGUGCUGCUCCUCCUGCCUUCUUCCUCAUCAGCCGCGUCACAAGCCGCAGCAGCGGCCGGCUUCGCGGCUUCCGUCGGCGCAGCUGACAGCCAGGGCACGGACGGUACGGCUGUGAGUGCUGCGGCCGCAGGCUUGUUAAUCGGUGCUGCGCCGGGGCCUGAGGCGGGCACCGGUCAGGACGUGGUUGCGGGCGAGAACACCGGAGCACUGCUGCAGCCGUUGCUCCGAACACCAGGGGCGCUGGAGGCGAUUGCGGCGUGUGUGGCCGAGUGCUGCCUGGGCCCAGUGCUGCCACAGGUUGAGCAGGCCUGCACCUACACCGAACUGGUCAGCAGCUCGCCCAGCCUACAGGAGUUGUCUUCCGCGCUGACCGGCGCCGUUUCGACUUCCCUGUCGUACGACCUGCACGUGGACGUGACGGUACGACUGGCACUGCUGCCGCACAAGGACGCCAGCCACGGCGUUUUGUUUGAGGAGGCGGCCGCCACGCGGCGCGGCGGCGCGUUGGCUGGGCACCAGGCCGCCCACAACGUCGCCAGUGGCGGCGGCGCCGCCGCCAUCCGUGUGCUGCCGCACGGCGGCGCCGCCACCGUGCCCAACAACCAGCCGAUGCGAUCCGUAUCCGGCGUGCCGUACGUCUCCGCCGCCACUCAGCCCGCUUGCGUCGGCACGGGUGCGGGAGGGGGCGGCGGAGGGGGCUCGAUGGCCGCGGCGGCGAACGGGGCCCCCAUGCCUUACCUCAGCGUCGGGGGACAGACGGCUAUGGGCGGCAGAGGAGUUGGGGUCGCUGGCAGCCUUGUGGGCGCAGGCUCACGGGCGGCACAGCAUGGCGCGAAUGCGGGCGCGGUGCACGCGAGCACCGACGACCUCCUAGCACUGCCAGCUGUCGCGCCAUGGGGCGCGUCGGGAACGGACGUCCGCACAGGCACGUACGGCACAGCCGGCGGGGGCACAGCCUUUGCGGCUGGCACGGGUCCCACGGCCGGCGGCACCGGUAGCACGGGCGGGACGGGCGGCACGGGCGGCACGGGCAGCGGGUCAUGGUGGAGCGUGCGGCGGCGUGUGGGCAACCGGCCGCAGAUCAAGGCGUCUACCUUCCCACUGGCGUCCACACUAGCAGCGGCGCUGUUGGCCACAACGGCGCAGCCCCCUACUGCCGCCACUCCUGUGUGCGCCGCCGGCCUUGCCACGGCGUUCGCCAGCAGCGCCGGCGGGGGCUCGGGCGCAGUGGGCGCCGCGGCGGCUGCGGCGCUUUCCGGCAGCCUUGCCUGCGCCUCCCUGGCGUCAACCGCUAUAACCGCCUCCACCGCCACCACCACUACCCAUGCCAACGGUACCGGCACUACCACCCUGACCAACCUGACCUCUACCAAUGGCGACAGCGCCGCGGGCGCCACUGCGACCGCCACCGCCAGCAGCCCUCGCGGCCCGCACCCUGCCUCGGCGCUCACCUCGCCAGGGGUAGCAGCAUCCAGCACGGCCAUCGCCACUACGCCCACCUACGCCAGCGCCGCUGCGCGACGGCGACGCAGCAUCCCCGGCGGCGUCGCCACGCGCGGAUUCAUCAGCACAACCACCAACGCCUCCACUGGUGCCAGCGCCGGUGGCUCUGGGCUGCGGCUCGCGGGAGCGCUCAUCUCCAACGUUGCCUCCUACCUGCAGGACCCAGAGCACCCUACGGAUGACGCGUUCCUGAUUUUCCGAAGCGGCGGCCGCGGCACCAGCACCGCAGCAAGCGGCGGCUUCGCUAGCGGCGGCGCCAUGGGCCCGGGACCGUCCACGCUCAUUGCGGUAGCGGGCUGGUAUGUGUCCUCCACCGUCGCAAGGACACCCACGGCAGCUGCUGCACGUCACCAGGCGUGCAUGUCGGGGCCAGCACACGCGUCUGCCAGCGCGUCCAACCUGACGACAACCGCCGCCACUGCGACGGUGGCGGCGGCGGCGGCGGCAGCAGCAGCAGCGGCAGCGGCGCGGCGGCAUCGCCCUGCAUCACCGUCGCCGCUGCCGCUCGCGCAGGCGCAAGCUGUGUCGCCCCAUCAGAUGAUGGCGAGCCUGGGCAUGGACGUGACCUCACCUGCAUCCUGCGGCUACGCCACCAGCGGCGCACACCACACCGGCGCGCACGGUGAUGCCGCCUCGCCCGGCGGCGCCAAUACGCACGGCUCGCUGCUGCACGGCGGCGGCGGCGAUGCCCCGCCGCCCGCUGUCUUCGCCGGCGCCGCCGGCGCCGCCUGCUCGCCGCCCGCUUUUGUUGUGUACCUCACCAGCGCCAUCCCGCUGUCCGCCGCGCUGCUGGCGGCCGCGCGCGACCGGGCCAUGUGCCUGCUGGAGGUGCUGCUGCCGGCGGCCACGCGCUCGCUGCUGGGCCCCGUACUGGACGAGUGGGCGUACCUGUGCAUGCAGACCGGACUGGGCGGCGCCGGCGGCAGCAUGGCACCCUUUGCGCCCGCCUCAGGCUGCCACUACGCCACGCUGCCUCUGGGCGCGCUGAACAUCAACAGCGGGCAGCACGGAGGGCUCGGAGCGCAGGGCGGCGGCUCGGGGCUGCUUGCGGAUGACGCGACCGCCGUGGGCGGCGGUGCCAGCAGCACGAGCUUGUGCACGGGUGGCGCUGGCGGCAGCGUGGGGCUAGGAACGGGAGGAGGCGGAGUCGGAGGGACUGGGGGCACAGGCAGCAGCAGCCCGCACGUGCGGGUGCUAGUGCGUGGUGGUGGCGGCUCGCGCAGCCGCCCGCAGCAUAACGGCUCCGACUCUGUAAUUGGUGGGAGAAGCUUGCACACCCUUGGCGGACCGCCCGAGCCAAGCCUGGCGGGUGGACGGCAUUUGCACUCUCACGGCGGCGCAGGUGGCUCCAGCAUCGCGUCCGGCUCUGUGACGCUUGCAUACGACGGUUUACACCGACCGUCACCGACGGCUGCCGCGGCCCCAAGUCCCGGCAGCACCGGCGCCAGCACCGGCAGCAGCGUCACGCUACGCGUGCCGGGCAUCCGGGGCAACGUGACCAUCAAUGCCAAUGGUGCCGGCGUCCUGCCCUCGUCUGACAGCCAUGGCACCAGUGGCGGCGGCGGCAUCCGUGGAGGCGCCGCACGCGCUUCAGGGCUGAGCGAUGGCACGCGGGUGCCGCUCCAGGGCCAGCACAACGGCGACGCCGCGGUCCAGUCUGCCUCCACGUGCGACGACGGCACGACUGCAGGCACCGGCGCCACGACGCGCGACGGCAGUGGCGCCGUUGCGCAUGCCGGCGGCAACGGCGACGCGCCCAGCAGCGGCGCGGCCGUCGCGGUGGGCUCCGUGAUGGCGGCCGGCGGCGGCGGCGGCGGCGGCUUCCUGUCCACGGUCCUGUCUGACGGCCGCGACACGGCCAAGGAGGCGCGGCAGGCGCAGCUGGAUAUUAUGGUGUCGGCCUUUCACUCGGCUCUGGCCAAGGCGCGAUACGAAGCCAACCUUAUGGCAGGGGCGCACGCGGAAGAUGACAUCCGCGCGCUCCGGCUGCUCAAGACCAUCGGCACUGGCGGCUGCAGUGUGGUGGUGCUAGGGCGGCUGCACGCCAUGCCCGUCGCCGUCAAGGUCAUCCUGCCGGCCACGGAUGACGAGGAAGAUGCGCUUCAGACCACCAGCGGCGGCAAUGGCAGCCCCAUGGGCGGCUGCGUUGCCGAGGCCGAGCCGUACACAUUACAGUCGGCGAUGCUGCCACAGCCACACUCACCGCUGGUGCCGGGGCUGCUACCGCGCCCCUCCACCGCCGCGCGCCGGACACGGCUGCGGCUGAUGAUGCGUGGAGCGCGAGAGCUCGCAGUGAUGGGUUCUAUCAGCCACCCUAAUAUAGUACAGGUGUACUCGUACUGCACGCGCGUCACGGUGCACCAGUCGCCCACCGGCCUGCCGCAGCUGGAGGUGGUUCCCGAGGGCGAGCCCCUCACCAGCCCGCUGUGCACCGCCCUCAUCAUGGAGUACUGCGACAUGGGCUCACUGGCAGACGCCAUCGACUGCGGGGCCUUUGCGCGCGCCGCCCGCAACGCCGCCAGCGCGCUGCAUGACGCAGUGAAGGCGCGCGGCGCUCAGUCCGCCGCCACCGGCCGCGCCGACCGGGGCCAGCUGUCGCCGCCGGUCAGCGGAGCAGACACUGGAGCCGCAGCUUUUGGCGGUGCCCAGCCCGCAGGUGGCCAAAUUGCGUCGACAAUGAAUGGGGGCCCUGCGGGCGCUGGCGUCCCGGACACGCCCGGCGCACGUGCUGCCGAGCCCGCGGCAGCAACUGGGCAUUUGCAGCAGCAACAGCAACUACAGGCACAGGGUCCUGCGCCGGCCGGCAACGGCAGCACCGCAAGUGGCGGCGGCUCGCGCGCGCGCUUUACCGUGGGCAUAGUGUCACCGGCUAUCGCGGCCACCGCGGGCACGCCUGCGAUGCGCGCGGUGUACCUAACGCUGCUGGAGGUGGCGCUGGCGCUGCGGCACCUGCACUCCAUGAACCUGGUGCACUGCGACGUCAAGCCCGCCAAUGUGCUGCUGCGCUCCUCCGCCACCGACCCCCGCGGCUUCACCGCCAAGCUCACGGACUUCGGGUUCGUGAACUUUUUGGAGGCGGACGGUGCGUACCGCCACAUGCAUGAUGCGGGCGAGCAGGACGUGCCAUCUGGCGGCGCUGUCUCGGCCGACAAUGCGCAAGCGCUUGGCAGCCGCGCUACCCUGCGCUUCAAUGAGCCUGUGGGCACGGUGACUCACAUGAGCCCAGAGCUGUUCAUCAAGGGGAGCGUGGUGGACAGCAGCAUCGACGUCUACGCAUUUGGCAUCCUCAUGUGGGAGCUCGCCACGGGCCGCGCACCAUACCCUGAGUACGCCGACACACACUUCGCGGAUGUGCCGUACAAGGUGGUGAAGGAGGGCCUGCGCCCGCGCUUCCCAUCGGACACACCGCUGCACUUCAAGCUUGUGGCGCAAGAGUGCUGGUCGGCACAGCCAGGCCGCCGCCCCACUGCCGCCGCCCUUGUGAACCGCCUGCAGCGGCUGCUAGACCUCAGCUGCGGGCUGGCACAGCCGGGCCCCAACGGCGUGUAGAUGACGCGUGUAGCUCGGGGUGGUUUAGCAACGGUAUGUGAAGCUUGUAGCAGGAGGGCAAAUGGCGCCCAUUGCCACAAGGUGAAGAUCACUUUCCUAGCAAAGUAUUAGGCAAUGGAUGGGACGAAAAACUAUUUGAUCUACGAUGGUGCACAAUAAAGGCCGCAUCGAAAGGCAUGCCGCGGGUGGACACCAAAGUGCUGUGCCGCAAGCGUGUGAAGAAAUGUAGUUACACAGAGUCGUGAGUGUGUGACAUGGUGUGGGGGGCGGGAAAUGUGGCGUCGGUGUAGUGAAGCAAUGACUUCGGUAUGUUGCAUGUGCGCUGCCUGAAGCUGUUGGCGUGUGGCGUGUCGACGUCACGCAGCGCGUUCGGUCCAAGAAGGGCAUCUUAAGCAGGUACUUCCGUGCGUCAGAAGCGCAGUAUAGUGAGUUGUGGCUUGAGCACUGCGCACGAUGUGUGCGAGAUGGGGGCGCGUACGUAGGGCACCCUGCGUGUGGAGCUGCAAGGGUCAUACCGGUUUGCUUUGAUGCGGCAGGCUGUAAGCAUCAACCAGUAAUUGCAAUGUGCCGGCUGGGUGCUUGGAGAAAUCUUUGGCUCAUGGCGCUGUUACAUUUGCCCCACAGCACCUGGCAUGUGCUCAAGUGCUGUGCAGAUCGGGGUUCAGGUGACGAUAGAGAUGCGAGUGUUUGCAUGCCCCACGAACACUUGGCGCACGUGAGGUUUCAUACCAGGACGUCUAAUGUCAGGGGCACGCCUGCAUUUAGCUUGAGGGUCCGUGGCAAGGUAAGCAAUCCCAGUAAAGCCUCGGUAAAGCCAGGGCCAAUACAUCCACAGCGGCUUUUGCCUGGCGGAGGCUGGUGGCGAGGUGAAGUCCGCUGCGAAGUGUGGACCAAGCUAGGUCAUGCGCAGGCCGAGGGGGGUGGGGGGUGGGUGGAACAAACUUUUUUGACCCAUGCCACAAAAGCUCCCGGACCUCCUGGCCGACCGACCGACUCCCUGCCGUAUGACCCCCAAAACCCCCUCAGAACCCCUUAGUUUUUUGUAUGGUUGGUGCCAAUCGACUGCUCUCGAUGAGCUCGAUCGCUAUGUAACAUGAUCCGCCUUGGGAACACAUUUUGACUGACCAACACCUGGACAUGUGGACAUGCGCACCUGUAUAUUAUGCUGUCAAGUCACAUCUUGAUAGACUGGCCUACCAUGCAGCGGCGUAUUCCAAUGUUACUUGGUAAUACAAAAUGUGCUGACACGUUCACCCAUGCAAAACCUGGCCGGCACCGGCCUGUCCCUGGCCAGCUCCCCAGCCCGACAUGCCGUUCCCCAAACCGGGUUAUACCUAUGCACGCAUCGUUGCGCUGCGCCCAUUGCGCCGCGCGCUGCAGGACAGGAGCGCUAGGAACAAAACUUGGCACGAACCUGUGCAAAACCUCGUGGGACCGCGACCGACCGACCGCCAACUUUGAAGGGCCAUAAAUAACUUCGCACCCAGAAACCCAUUUUCAAUUUACCAAGCGGAUGCAUGAUUUUCUCGUUGAGCUCUAUCUAUUUGAAACAUGGGGUCUGUUUCGGAAGAUUCUA